AUGGCUCCAGCGGGAAAUAGGGUUUUGUGGCUCUUCCACCUUGGGCUAUCCGUCGUUCUCCCGCCCUCCUGGUCGUCCCCCGCCGCCACCGACGGCUACAUAUCCACCGCUGUCUACGGCCAUCUUCUCACUCCCGCCACCAGAAAACCACCGCUCCGUCCAAAGGCAAACCGUCGUGGCCCAAUCAGCAAACUCGGAGACGAUCUCCUCCUGUCGAUUCUGAUUCGCCUCCCGAACGCUAGAUCCGCCUUCCAGUGCAAAUCCGUCUGCAAGCGGUGGUGCUCACUCAUCUCCAGUCCUCACUUCGGCCGCAGUUUCGUUUCUCACCGUCAACAGAGCAGGAUCGACGGCGGCGGCGGUGAACUACUUCCUUUAACCUCACGCGACACUGAAUCCAUCUUGAGCUUUCUCCCCGUGCCUGAUGAGGUCCGAUCCAAUUUCGUACUUUUGGGUUGCUUCAAGGAUUUGGUUUUAUGCGGCUUCGAUGACUCUGCUGUUGGGAAUGAUCUUGAUGGCGAGAUGGGGAGAUUGUUCUUCGUCUGCAAUCCGUUUACAAAGCAAUGGGUCGCCCUUCCUCUGGCGCCCAAAAGGUCAGUCGGGUAUCAGAACAAAUGUUUAGUCUCUGAGAAUUUGGAUUCUGGAGAUGAGGAUGAUUGUCGAUUCCGAGUCGUCCUUGUUUCUGGAUCACCUGACCGUGCAAUAGUAGACUUGUUUUGUUCGGAGUCAGGGGAAUGGAUGGAAGACGCCAUGGCUCCUCCUGAUUCUGGUUCUUCCACACAGAUGAUGCUGGGGGAUGUGAUUCCCUUGUGGAAUGGGACCUUGUGUUGGCUGUCCGAUGACAUGCUUGGAUUUUGAACAGCAUUGUUUGUCUAUGUGGAGAUGGGAGGAAGACAAUAGAAGAUGGUGUUUUCUUUACAAUGGCUUUGUGGCGGAUUACAUCAUUAACCGUGAGUAUGUACAAUUUAAGGGUUUGAAGGCGCAUGAUGUAGUUGGCAUUCAUCCGAGUAAGCCCGAAACCAUCUUCUUGGAGUGUCGUCGUCCUUCUGAUGUCGCGCCUAUUGUGGUCGAGUGCAACAUGAGGACGGGAGAGAUGGAGGUCUUCACCGAUAGAGGGAAUUGGGGUGGGUUGUUCCAGCCGAGGUUCACUUGCUGGCCUUCCCCAAUUCCGGGCUACGAGAAGCUGCGAACUAUGUGUGAUGGCCAAAGAAUCACCACGAAUGGCUACUCAUGAUUGUUAGAACUUCUCUUUUCUUGGUUUGUGUCGACUGAUUUCAAGUUUUUUCCUUCUCCUGUAUAACCAGUAAUUUAAGUCUAAGAUGACACAUGCGUGAAUGACUGAACAGAAUGCUCAGAAUGUAUGAAUUGGGGACACUUGCAGAGUCGCAGAAAUUUGUCUGUUGUUGGUCAUUCCUUGUACAAGCUUUCUU